UCAAUGAGUGGGAUUCAAUGAGAAGGCAUCGCCGAGGGAGCGAUCGUUUGAGUAGUGACCGGCCGAUCGUUGGUUCAUCAAGAACGGAGUGUUUUACCGGAACAGUCAAAAUUCUUUUCUGCACAAUGCAACAUCGUUGGUUGCAGUGGUUUUGUUUGUGCAUAACGGUGAGAUGGAUAUCUGCUCAAGUGAAUUAUGGAAACCAAUAUAACCAACAACAAGCGCUUGUUAGAACACAAGGGCAGCCGAGACCUUACCAACAAGGAACAUAUCAGCCUAAUUGGGGUUAUCAGCCAGCAGGAAGUGGUAAUGCAGGAUAUUAUAGACCUCCAAAUAAAACCGUAUCAAGCACUACGCCCAGCACAGACGCUGAUUUAGAUAGGUUACCAACACGGUAUAUUUGUACCAUUGUUACGGAGCAUUACGACUGUCAAAUAAAGGACGUCCAUCUGAAACAGGGACAUUUGGCCAUAUUUGGUUUGGAACACAAUGCGCAGAAAGCUAUAACUUUCCAGGACUCCGACAUGGAGUAUCUGCCGAAAAGCCUUAUCGAUGCGUUCCCAGAAAUGGACCUCCUGAAUUUAGAAGAGCUUCAAAUUACUACUAUCGAAACAAAUGCUUUCCAAAACGGACGAAAGUUAACAUCACUUUAUUUAGGUAGUAACAAAUUGGCUGAAAUCACUCAAAAUACUUUUGAGGGUGCUGGAAGCAUGUCUUUGUUGGAUCUCUCGAAUAAUUCUAUUCAAUCUAUUGAUGAAUAUUCUCUAUACAGUUUGCCUCAACUUACCGAGCUCAAUGUUGAAACCAAUCAACUUGUGAAGUUGCCAAAUCUUAACAACCCAAAACUACAGUUUAUCAAUGCCUCCCACAACAAUUUAGCGAGUGUCAGAGACAAUCAAUUCUAUCCAAAUCCCAUGUUGCAGUCUGUCGAUCUUUCCUAUAAUCGCAUCCACCAUUUUAACAUGAGACCACUCAACGACAAAGUAGAUCUUCAAUUUAUUGACGUAAGCUAUAACAAUCUGAUCGAACUUCAUAUCCCCAAUCACGUGUUGACGUUAAAAGCGAACAACAAUUCAAUCGAAGGACUAACAACUGAUCGCUGUAUUGUCGAAUAUAUCAAUCUUUCCAACAAUAAUCUAAAAGACGUACAAGGUUUGUGGAAAUGCAAUCAAAUAAAAUAUUUGGACUUGUCUUACAACCUACUGGAAGAGUUUAACUUUGACCAUGCUUCCGGAAUGGUCGCACUAACCGAACUGAAUUUGGCGCAUAACCAUUUGUUCCAAUUUUUUGCGCAACCUAAGUUAAAACUAAAUUUAAGAUUUUUGGAUCUUUCUCAUAACUAUCUCAGUUUUGGACCGAAAACUACGGCUUUCAACCAACUCCAAGAGCUUCGACUGCAGCAGAACGAGUUGAUUAAGUUCGACUUCAGCGGUAUGUUGGUCCUACAAACGAUCUACGCUGCUGGCAACGAAUGGAGCUGCAGUGAUGUACAGUCGUUGACGAACAAGGUGGCAGAUCUUGAAUACGAGCACUGCGGAGAUGGUUUCCACAUCUCUGCUGGUAUAUGCUGUCGAGAGUACAAUCGUCCUUACAAUGAUCGAUUGAAUGAGGUUCUAACUGAGACAUUCUUUCACGAGCAUCAAAAUAAGGAGAACUUGAAGAAACAAUGUGGUUCACAUCAAUUUGAUGUCCAAACCAUGAGUCCUCAUGAUAUUGCUAAAAUUCAAGAAAUGGCAGCCAAAGCUGAUGCUGAUCAGAAACAACUUCUUGAAGAACUAAUUGCAUUGAAAGAAAAGCAGAAAAAAGUCACAGAUGACGUGCAAAAGUUCGAUUCGCAACGUUCGUCACUAAACACAAAACACGCGAAUUUAACCAGCUAUAUUGAAAAACUCAGGAGUACCUAUAAAGUAGAAAACGAGGGACUUAUCAGUUACAAGGAAAAGCUUAGCCGAGUACUGAAAUUUGUGAAAGAAAGAAAUGAGUUUUAUCAUAACAUUCUUGAGGAACGACGAAACACUCUCAGUGAGGUCAACAAUCAGAUGGAAGAUCUGCAGAGGAAAAAAUUGGAAUUGGAGUCAGUUGUGACCGAGAAGGAAAGUGAACUUGCCUCAAUAAAAGAAAAUGAGAUUAAAUUUAGAAAGGAAAAGGAAAAAUUGGAAAGGAAAGUCAAUAGGAAUGCCCCAAGUAUACAUGGAACAUCUGGAAGAAUCGCCUGAAAGGUUCGGUAGAACUGUCAUUGAGCUCAGAAAAAAUUUAAUUCAUGUUUAGGAUUUUCAAAAAUCACGCAAUCGUAUGAUUCUACCCAAUAGAAUAAGUUUUCCUGAAUAAAAAAAACGAUUUUAGUUUUAUUCAUUUAAGGCCUUUUCAAGAUGUAGCCCGACGCAUCGAAAAAAUAUUCAUACAGAGAAGUUUGCAGGGUUACAUAAUAAAUAGAGAAAAACCUAUGAAAAAACCUUUCCCGUUUUGCAUUGAAAAACACUGUUGUAGUGGAUUGCUCUGGUUUUCCACGUUCAACCAGAAAUGCAAUAUUCUGAUUAUGUUUCAUUACCAUUUCCACUCGAACGUACAAAACCAGAGUAAUUCACGCCACCAGUGUUUAUCAAUAAAAAACGCCAUUAGAUUACUUCAAUCGAAAUUUCUACGUUUAAAUUGAUACAUACAUAUUUUUGGUUUACUUUGAGUGUCAAACUAUGUACGUUGUACUUCAAAUAAAUCUGAAUUAUUCGGCUGUUGUUUGUCCCGGUUUGAAAGUAUUUUUAAAAAAUAUCAGUUCGGAUGUUAGAUGAUCCAGCAUGACAGUUGAACACUUUUAGGUAAAUUCGACCAUAUUAUAAAGCCUGUUUCAUUGUCCCGGGUUUACGGUUCAAUGCAUAGGGCACUGAUAUUACAAGCCAGUUGUCGUAUGUUCGAGCCCCGACCUGGAAGGAUAGUUAUUAUCAGUACACGCAUGGAGAAAUAUUGUAAAUGUAACUAAAUUUGGGCUUCACGCCACCAUUUAUUUUAUUGAAAUAGUGACAAAAAAAUUUGGUUGAACAUAGCAAAUAUUGUUGCUUGAAACAACAAAACUAGAUGUUUGAUUUUGCUCAGCGGAUUAGUUUGUUUCAAGAAAUAUUUCAAUAAAACUAACAAACAUUUUACAGGUAUGUUUCUGCCAAUUUCUUCACAAACUGUUCCAUAGUAACUUCAACUUGCAAAAUCAGUUUAAAGUGAACUAAUUUCAGAUCAAGGUAAUAUUUGUAGUGCUUUGAAUUUAUAAACUUGACGGUUAAUAGAAAAUAAAUGAUAAAAUAUUAACUUAAUAUCUCAA